AAACGUUACACGUAGGAGCAAAAAAAGGCCGUAGAUGAUGUCCGAGUCCGAGGUGGGGGCUUCGCUGCGCGGGCAGGAAUAUAUAAAUCGCGCACAGGUAGGGCUGAAAUUCAGGUUGCCGCGGAUACGUUCUGAGACUAUCGGCAGCAUACGACGAGCGAUGCGGGUUCACACGCGGUUCGUCGUGUUCUUCGUGACGGUGACGGCGAUGGCUGGCACGGCGGUGUCGAGACCGUUAUGGUCGACUUUAGCCGGCGAUAAUUACUUGUAUCCGACGAGCGAGGUCAACGCACAGCCGCAGUAUCUCCCAGCGUAUCAAAGCGCGCAUUCACCUUAUUACGUCUACAAUGUUCACGCGAGCGCAGGAGGCGUACCGACCACCAUCUUCGCCGGCGGCAAGCCGGAAGUCUCGCAGAUCCCCGCGUACGGCUUCUACUACGGAAUGCCGAUCUACGACAUAGGGAUCCCCUUGAGUCCGGUUUAUCCUGUGCUGACACUUCCUCCCAGACCGCUACUUCCGCCAACGUCGACCCAGAAACCAAUCGACGUAGACAUCGACGACGACGGUAUCGAGAAGUUGGAUUCGAAAGUCGACUCGGAGACGAAGAAGCCGGCGAGUAGUAGCGAAGACAGAGAUUCCAUAACCGUGGAAGCGAUAUGAGAUCAUUUUCCUCGUCACGCGCGGUAAUGAAUACGUGGGUGGAAUAGAGACUUAAUUGCGGGACGACGCGUGCCCGAUGCGUUUGCUUCCUCAUACUUCGUUAUAUUUUGAUAUUCACGCUAUGUUACGCUGUAUGACUUAUUCCGAGACGUGAGGGGUUUUCUCGACCAGCUCUUUAUUCUGACUGAAAGCUGCGCUCUUGAAGAUUCCGUUUGCACGCACAAAUAGGAAUGUAUCGUCUGUAAUAAACUGAUAUUUUAAUG